AGAAACAUUAUAUUGGUAAACCUGAAUAGCAAGCAAAAACCACAUGGAAAAGGUGAAAGUAUUAAGAGACAGAAGACGACAGAUCAGAAGCGCCACAAACGGACAUUUUACAAAACACUCGGCAUGGAUCGAGCUCCAUGUUCGCCCGUGAAAGUAAUGCGGUAUCUCCGCGAUUAGGGGAUACAAAUUUCGUGUUCAGUGUAAGGACGUUGAACAGUUUGUAUACGUUAUUUUGUGAGUCGAUAUUUGCAAUUGUUUGUUUCAAAGGUGACAAGGUUAGUUUAAGGGUGUGUAAUCUUAAUACGUGUCAAAAAGUAGCGUGGCGAAACGAUUUUUGGUCUCGUUUCAGUGCACGAGGAAAUCUUUAUAAAAACCGAUCGCGACAUCACAAAAUAAUAAAGUUUUGUCGAAAAAACAUAUCGAAAAUAAAAACGGAAAAGACAAUAUUAAAAAGAAAGGCGAAAAUAAUAAUAUUAAAAGUGGUAGUGGCGGCAGCGAUAGUGACGGUAACGGCAGCAGUGGCGCAAAGUGUGAGGACGAGGUGAAUGCACGGCGGCCGCGGUGUGUGCCAGUGGUGUGCGCGCUCGUCACUCGUGGAAACCCGCCAAAACCCGCGGCCGCGAACAACCACCAGCAAGAGCAGCAACAAUAGCAAUAACAACAGUAAUAGAAGGAAAAGAAGGAGGAGGAGAAGAAGGAGAAGGAGAAGGUGGAACAGCAUUAGCAGUAGUAGUAGUAGUAGUGGUAGCAGCAGCAGCAGAAGCAGUGGUAGCACGCGACGUUGUGCUGUUUUGACAACUUUCCGCCGCGUCGGGGCGUCGCGCCGUUUUUCUCGCGGCGGCGGCGGCAACGGUAGAAACAACAGCAAUAAGAUAGCGACAACAACAACUUAUUUAAAAAAGAUCGAUUGUGACAGCAAUUACGAUUGCUGCUGUCUCUCCAGCCCAUACGACGUCGACGGUGGUGGCGACUGCGUUCUGUUAUUAUUUUGCCACGGUGUUUUUGACCCUACAAACCGGACGAGUUCAUUGCAGCACUUUCGCGGGGGUGUCAGCCAGUUUUAUUACUCCGACCUUCUCCGUCCGCAGCAGCAGCGCCGACGGCGCCAGAACACGACGUGUAUAAAUCCCUCUGGUGGCAAGUGUAGGAGGAUCGCCACAGAACUAUAUCAGUGACGUUGCGACUGAGAAAGGACGCGACAAACCACGUGAUAUACCUGUCGUCGAGCCGCGUCAUGCAAAGCAUGCCCGACUCCUCGAUGGCCAUAACCUGAAUUGAGCCGAUUUGACCCGAUUAAGCCCGAUUCAACGUAUUCGUAGUUGAACGAACAAGCAAACGAACGAAUGAAAGAAAACAAACGGUAGCCAUUGACUUUUUUCAUCUUUCCUCGUGCUUACGUUCAUUAUUCUUUGGUGUUCUGUGUUUAAUAAAGAAUAUGCUUUUUGCAAUAAAGAUGCGAAUAUUCAGAAGUGUAUUAUACUUCAAUAAUAAUAUUUAUCUAAUA